GACAGUGAGCAGCUAAAGAACGCUUGCUAACUAGCAAAGCCACUUUUGCAGCAGUAACAUGUGGGGUAAAGUACUUCCUGUAGGUCAUGGAAUCGCUUGUAGAAGGUUUACCUUCCCCUAAUCCCCCACCGCCAACCCAAGAUGCUAGACCAGCAGCUUCAGAUGUAAAUAACGACAGCACUAGUAUCACGAAUUCGAAGAAGAGGAAAAUAAACCGUUCUGAGAGGGAAGACAUUGAUUCAAUAUCUUCAUCUCCUAAAACCAACAAUUCCUCUUCUUCCUCCACAUCGCAACAAAUCCAGAAGAAAUUGAGGUUCGAAGAUUCAGUAGAUUUCAUUGGAUUGGAUGUGAAAAUGGCUGAGGAGUCGUCUUCAUCUGCAUCGUGUUCUUCUAAGACGAAAACUGUUUUUUUGGCUGGGGUUGUUGGGCAUCAUGCAAACGGGCUGACGAAAACUGCAGGCUCCACUACCUUCUCCAACAGCAAACCUGGAGCUGCAAAGAAACUAGUAAUCAAGAACUUCAAAGAAAAACCCAAAUUGCCAGAGAACUACACACACGAGACCUGGCAAAAACUGAAGGAGGCGGUCGAAGCCAUUCAAAACAGCACUUCAAUCAAGUACAAUCUUGAGGAACUCUACCAGGCUGUCGAGAACCUCUGCUCCCAUAAGAUAUCUGCAAGGCUCUACAAACAGCUAUGGGUGGUUUGUGAAGACCACAUCAAGGCACAAAUCGAUCAAUUCAGAGAGGAUGUACUGGACAGUACGCUCUUCCUGAAGAAAAUAGACAAGUGUUGGCAAGAUCACUGCAGACAAAUGAUCAUGAUUAGAAGUAUAUUUUUGUUCUUGGACCGCACCUAUGUUUUACAAAAUUCAAUGCUCCCAUCAAUCUGGGACAUGGGCCUAGAGUUGUUUAGGUUUUACAUAAUCAGUGACAUGAAGGUCCAGAGCAAGACCAUCUACGGCAUCCUGCUGCUCAUCGAGAGGGAGCGCGGCGGCGAGACCAUCGACCGCAGCCUGCUCCGGAGCCUACUGAGCAUGCUCUCUGACCUGCAGAUUUAUCAGGACUCCUUUGAGCAGCGCUUUCUGGAGGAGACUAAUCGGCUGUAUGCUGCCGAGGGACAGAGGCUGAUGCAGGAGAGGGAGGUUCCAGAGUAUCUCCAUCACGUCAACAAACGCUUAGAGGAGGAAGCGGACAGAGUCAUCACGUAUCUAGACCAGAGCACACAAAAACCUCUUAUUGCCACUGUGGAAAAGCAACUACUGGGUGAACAUCUCACUGCAACUCUGCAGAAAGGCUUGAAUCACCUGCUAGAUGAGAACAGAAUCCAGGACUUGUCUCUUCUCUAUCAGCUGUUCAGUCGGGUGAGAGGGGGCGUGCUAGUCCUCCUACAGCACUGGAUCGAGUACAUCAAGGCCUUUGGAAGUACGAUCGUCAUUAACCCUGAGAAGGACAAGACCAUGGUACAGGAGCUGCUGGACUUCAAGGACAAGGUGGACCACAUCAUCGACAUCUGCUUCAUAAAGAACGAGAAGUUUGUCAAUGCCAUGAAGGAGGCCUUUGAGACCUUCAUCAACAAGAGGCCAAAUAAACCUGCUGAGCUCAUAGCAAAACACGUAGAUUCGAAGCUUAGGGCGGGAAACAAGGAGGCGACGGACGAGGAGCUGGAGAAGAUGUUGGACAAGAUCAUGAUCAUCUUCCGAUUCAUUUAUGGCAAAGAUGUUUUUGAGGCCUUCUACAAGAAAGAUCUGGCCAAGAGGUUGCUGGUGGGAAAGAGUGCCUCCGUGGAUGCCGAGAAGUCCAUGCUGUCGAAACUGAAACAUGAAUGUGGAGCAGCAUUCACCAGCAAGCUGGAAGGCAUGUUCAAGGACAUGGAGCUUUCCAAGGACAUCAUGGUGCAGUUCAAACAGUGUCAAAACAUCCCUGGUAACAUUGAGCUGACGGUGAACAUCCUCACCAUGGGAUACUGGCCCACCUACAUCCCAAUGGAGGUCCAUCUGCCCGCAGAGAUGGUGCGACUGCAGGAGAUUUUCAAGACGUUUUACCUGGGCAAGCACAGCGGCAGGAAGCUACAGUGGCAGUCGACGUUAGGCCAUUGUGUUUUAAAAGCUGAAUUUAAAGAGGGCAAAAAAGAGCUUCAGGUGUCCCUGUUUCAGACGCUAGUGCUGCUCAUGUUCAACGAAGGAGAGGAAUUCACCUUGGAGGAGAUCAAGUUAGCUACAGGAAUAGAGGACGGCGAGCUGCGACGGACCCUGCAGUCAUUGGCGUGUGGCAAGGCGCGGGUCAUCCACAAAGUCCCCAAGAGCAAAGACGUGGAGGACGGAGACAAGUUCUCCUGCAACGAUGACUUCAAACACAAACUCUUCAGAAUCAAGAUCAACCAGAUCCAGAUGAAAGAAACAGUGGAGGAGCAAACCAGCACCACGGAACGAGUCUACCAGGACCGGCAGUAUCAGAUCGACGCCGCCAUCGUCCGGAUCAUGAAGAUGAGGAAGACUCUGAGCCAUAACCUCUUGGUGUCAGAAGUAUACAAUCAACUUAAGUUCCCCGUCAAGCCUGCUGACCUAAAGAAGAGAAUAGAGUCUCUCAUUGACAGAGAUUACAUGGAGCGCGACAAGGAGAACCCCAACCAAUACAACUAUGUUGCUUAAAGAGAGAGGGAUGAAGGGGGGGGUGGAGAGCAGGUGGUCCAGUCAGGCUGAAGGCUUCUCUGAGCACUCGGUCCCGUGGAUGCUCCUCUCGCUCUUCUUCCCGCAUGGAUGUCAGCGUUACCCUCUUCAACCCAGCGACCGACAACUGAAUGGCUACUGCUCUGCGGGACUUUGUCAGGGGCCUGUUUUCGUGUGGACUGCAUGCCCAUUAAACAAGAAUAUCGUCCAUUUUUUUUCUCAGUGCCGCUCAGUGAGAAUUGGACUUAGCUACCUUGGACAAAAAUUAAAUUAAAGACAAACCAAUGUUGUUCAGAUUGUUCUUUUUUUUACAGGGGGUGGGGGGGAGUAUUUCUUUUCAAACUUAGAUCUUUGUCCAUCGGCAUUCUGCUCCUUGUUUUAAGUCACUACUUUUUACUUUUAAUUCACUCUGUACUAUCCCAUGCGAAUGUUCAAAUGCACAACAUUGCUCUUAACAUACUACACUUGGAAGAAAGAAAAACAAAAGUCAAGCGCUUGUCUCAAUCAGUGUUGUAUGUGAGACCCAUGGAUAAACAUUCACAGUAGGAUUUUAUUUUUCCGUGGUGGAUUUCAGUGUGAAAAGUGGGCACUUGCAGCCAAGUCAUACAAUUCUCUGUAGCUAUCCGUCUCCAACUACUCCUGUUCAUCAACAGCAAUCAAUGGGACGAUUAUUUAGUAGCUAGGCAAUAUGAGGAAUUGACAGUAUGUGCCAAAAAUAGAGCACUUUUGUUAUAGGAUUUGUUAAUGCUGCUAACCAAACACUAACUUUUACAUGUUAUAUGAAUUUAGUUUUCCAUUUCACUUUUGCCCUGAUUGUUUCAAUGUUUUGCUUUUUGUAUGUACAAGACUUUACAAAUGCAUUGACAUUUUAAGUGCAAACUUCGACAGUCACCUCGCCUUUAGGUAUUUUUCUUAACCCCUAGAGAUGAUCUACUCCUAAAAGCACAGCGACAUCAGUCCCUGAUACCCCUCAUGUUUCCAAGUAUAUCUCAAUUUACAAGCAUUAUAUUCUUUGUAAGUCCUCUCUGUAGGGCAUAUGGCAGGCCUUGCGUUUGGGCAUUAAUGGAGUUGUUUGAUAUCGCAACAGAUAAAAAUACUUUGUUUAUUGAGAAAUCAUGCUUGACUGGACUUUUUGCCCUGUGUCUGAAUAAAUUGUUUGUUUUAUUGCUUCAGAUUAAAGUAAUUGUCAGAGUUUCUAUGUUGUUUUUCCACUCAUCUGUUUAUUUUCCUAGACAUUCAUGCAGUUUCUCUCAAUGCAAGACAAAGUUGACAUCCUGAUUAAAUUAUGAGAGGAUGAAAUCAAUGUCUUGAAGAAUCAAUAUUUUUAGUUUUGUUCUUAUCUGACAGUUUUGUCUUGUUUAAAUUCCAUAGAAGAUUCAUUAUUUUUAACAAUUUCACCACUACCAUUUUCAGAGGUACAACAAAUGUUUCCCCCCUUUCUUUCACUAACCUUGAAGGCUUAUUUCUAUGCUUUUCCCAAUAGUGAGAUGGUAUUGGCAUGCAGCUGCAAAUAUUUUUAUAACAAAAAGUGAUCCAUGUUGUCACACAAUGUAAUGUUAAGUGUGUUCUCCUCAAGAAGAAUGAGGAAAGAGUAUGUUUUGGUUGGUUGGUUGGUUGUUUGUUUGGGUGGUGUGCAUCACAAAAUAAACUGGAACAUGAUAGGCUACAUGUUUUCUACAAAUUCCA